GGGGCGGAGCUCGCAGGAACUGAGUUCCAUGGCGACGAAACCAUCGCGCAACAGGCCAUCUUGGGCAGAUCUGACCUUGCAGAAACUGAGUUCCAUGGUGACGAAACCAUCGCUCAACAGGCCAUCUUGGGCAGAUCUGACCGACACUGAUGAUCUGAGUUCCAUGGUGACAAAACCAUCGCGCAACAGGCCAUCUUGGGCAGAUCUGACCUUGCAGAAACUGAGUUCCAUGGUGACGAAACCAUCGCUCAACAGGCCAUCUUGGGCAGAUCUGACCGACACUGAUGAUCUGAGUUCCAUGGUGACGAAACCAUCGCGCAACAGGCCAUCUUGGGCAGAUCUGACCGACACUGAUGAUGAGCACGAGAAGGAUCACCCUGGCUUCGUUCCGGAGGUCCGCCAAGAAGCCAUGCAGGCAACAGCAGGGGUACCAAAAGUGGAUCGCCAAGAUGGGCAAGUCCAUGACCAGGGUGAAAAAGACGCAGGAUGGCCACAGAAGUUGGCAACCCCGCCCUGGCCCUUGCCGGUGCCUCAAUCUUCCGCAGUCAAUGCUGCUCCAAGCCAUGCCGAAUGCCAAGAGUCGAGCUACGCCGGCCCCCCUGCCAACAUGUGGAUCUUUGAGGAGGCCGAUCCGGCGAUCCAUGUUGAAGCAUGGUUGGGCCAUCGCUGUUGGGUCAUGAAGAAGGGUGAGAACAUGCGCCUUCGGCUUGCCACUGUUUGCCCCCGAGACCGUGAAGCUUCGCUUUGUGCUGAGUGUCAGCAACCAUGUCGCCACCAUCACCGAGAGUGCAAGUACAAGGGCCAGAUUCCUUGUGUGCCGGCGCGGAUAUGUGCCUCGGGGAUCCCCAAGGGGGAGAUCCCAAGGGAUCAGUUCGAACUGCAGCCGGCAUUUCCCACCUCCGACUUCGGAGUGCCCGAAGCGCCCCAGCGUGGCGCCCUGGAGUGCGACGACACCCUGCAGCGGCUGGAUGCCGCCAUGUCACCCCCCGGCGGCCUCAGCUUUUCGACCCUGCAGCAGCCCUUGCGCGGCACACCGAUGCUCGGUGGAGAUGGGGAUGGGAGGAUCAGGGAGGGGAAUCUGUGGUACCUCUCUGCAGAAGAUCAGGUAGAUGCAGUGCACUUUUCACUCUAUGUGAACGGCUUCUUCUUCAGACACGAAGGAUGGCGAAGGGGUACCACCCACAAAGCUGAUAUGGUCUGGGCCGCUGCCAAAACGGUUUGGGAGCGCGUUGACACUUGUACAGGUUGUGCGAUUCCCGCAGACGUCUUGGGCGCAGGUCAAAACCAGAGGGUUGUUUCAGACCGUGCUUUGCACGGUGCCUUGCCAUGUUUCGCUGACUCCGUUGACUCCCAAUUUCAUCACGUUUGUCCUACAGUGGUAGGACAACCACAAUCUUCUGUGCCUCCAAGCAAUAGUGCUGGAUGUGCUGGGAUGCCUGGUGUGACGAACCCAGAAUGUUUGGGAAUUUCACCAAUGUUUCAUGCCGAGAGCGACCUUGGGAACUAUGUCACGGGUGGCUUUGCUUUCAUAUGUCAUGAUUUGGUCGUGGCUGCCACAUACAGUGCAAGGCUGAAUGACUUGCUGGGCAACCAGGUUCAACUUGAUGGCCUGAGUGGCGACAGGACCGAAGAUGGCAUGUAUCGUUUUUCCUUUUUUGUGAACGACAGCUUGAAGGAGUUGUCACGGACUGACUUUGAAGGAGCGCCCAAGUUUUUGGAUCGGGAUCAACGUCAUUUUGUUGUUGGAGCACUACGAAACUACUUGGAUCACGUUGGUGAAGUUUACUCGCCACCCAGGGUGACCAAGGAAGCCUAUCUUCAAGGGCUCAAAGGCCACAUUGCUUUGGACCUGACUACUGGCUGGGACUUCCGGAUUCCUGAGCAUCGGAAGAAAGCCCUUGCGUUGAUAGCAAAGAAACGCCCUGCAGUGCUGUUGCUCUCUCCUCCAUGCACUACAUUUUCUCUGUUGCGACGGCUCACAAACCACAAACGAGAUUGCCGUCAAGUUCAACAGGAAGAAACUGAAGGUGACCAGCACAUGGACUUUAGCGUGUCACUGGCAGAGAUGCAGAUGAGAGAGGGCAGAGGUUUCAUUCUGGAACAGCCUGCACCGGCAACUUCAUGGCAAAAGCCAAGAGUGCAAAAGUUGGUUGAAAACCCUGAGGUCCACUUGGUGCGAGCCGACAUGUGCCAGUGUGGACUCCGUGCACAAUGCGGUCCGCAUCAAGGAGAACUUGUUCAGAAGCCAACCAUUCUGGCCACCAACAUCGAUGAGAUUGCAGCCCAUGCUCACAAAGUUUGCCAGAAGAAUCAUCACCAUGGUCAACUGAUUGGUGGUGCCGCCAAGUAUGCUGCAGUUUACACUCCAGCGUUUGUCAAGGCAAUUGUGAGCGGCAUCAAAGAAGCCUUGGGAAUCAAGGCACGCUUCAAACAGCCAAGUCAUCUUCAACAAGCCUUCACCUAUGGCAAGAAUUUGGGGUCCCAAGCUCAUGUCUUUGCUCAAGAUUGCUUGGAAGUGGAUGCUGACGUCACUGUGGCCUAUGGACUUCACCCUGACCUUGGACUUUACGGUCAGGAGGGCCCUGCAUCCGCAACAGCCGUUGGACUUCCGCAGCACGAUGGACUUCGAAAUGCUGCACGGCUGGAAUCCAUGGAACCAGGUACACCUUCUCAACCUGGAACUUCGUCAAAGGCGGUUAUGCCUCUGUCCAUGGAUGUUGAAGCCCCAGAAGAAGGCGAAGAAGUUGAAGAUAUGGUUGCAGAAGCCAGACGGCAGAUGAGACAUGUUGGUGAGCAGCCAGGUGUGGCUCGUGCUGUGAGCAGACUUGAAGAUUUCCAGAAAAGCGAUGAUGGAGAAUUUUCACUGGCUCCAAAUCUUCGCCGAGAAGUUCAUAGAGUUCACAGAAACCUUGGACAUCCUGGCAAUGAGAUUUUUGUGCGUGCUUUGCAAAAUGCUGGUGUUCGAGAUCACAUCAUUGAAUGGACCAAGAAGCAUUUCCGAUGCCCCACCUGCGAUGCAAGACCCAGGCCAAAACCUUCCAGACCUGGUCAUUUGUUGCGUGCGCUUGAGUUCAACACAGUGGUUGGCAUCGACUUGUGCUUUUUGGAUUUCAAAGGUCAUCAGGUGAUCUUGCUGAACAUGCUCUGCUGGGGAACAAACUUCCAGCAGGCUAGCAUUUGCAAGGAUAAAUCCGCAGAAGAAGUCCGAGGUCUUCAUGAAGGUUUGGUUGCAGCACUAUGGAACAGAUACAUGGACCGAUAUGGUUUCAGUCCCAUGCAGCGUGUUUUUGGAAAGAAUCUGAGACUCCCUGCAAGCCUGAUGUCCUCAGAUGCGUUGAAUCAAGAGUUGGUGGAUGCUGCAGCCCCAGACCCAAUCCAUAGAGCCUGGCAGAUCCGUGAAGUUGCUUCGCAAGAAUGGCUUCGACGUCAAGACCAAGGAGCAGUUCGACGAAGCAUCAGAGCUCAGUCAAGAACCACGGAUCAGGUGAACAUUCCCAUUGGCUCUUGGGUCUAUGUUUUUCGAGAUUCACCUUCUUACAAAGGUUGGGUUGGUCCUGGUGUGACGAUUGCAGAAGAUCCUUCUGGAAAAUCAACAUGGAUUUCCAUGCGUGGUCGUUUGUGGAAAGCUUCAAGAGAGCAGUUGAGACUUGCAACUCCGGAAGAAGAACUUGGAGCAGAGUUGAUAGUGGAACUUUCCAAAGAGAUGCUGUCAAAACUCCACAAGCCUGGCCACGUUGUUUUCCAGGAUGUAUCAGCCGAAGGUGGUCCAACGGAUGAGUACUUUGAUGAAGUCAUGCGUACCUUGAACAUCCGUGAAGACCGACCUGAAUCUCAACAACGUCAACGACCAGGACAAGCAGAUGAAACUAUGAGUUCCAGUACAAGCAGCACCACUGAGCAAACUUCGACGAACCCAUCGUCAACAGCAGAGUUUGGCGAAACUGAAGAGGGCUCAAAUUCAGCUAUUGCGCCUGGUUCUGAGCAAGCCAGUCGCCGUGCUAGCGCUGUGUCAGAAGCAGUUGAUGGCGCUGCACCUAUGCAGGUGAUUCCAGAAGAAGCGCCAAUGGAGGUGACCUCAGCCAGUCAUUUUUCCUGGAAGUCGUGGACUUUGAGAAUGAUUCUGCGGAAGUUGCAGGCCAAGUCUUCUUUUGGUCAAGUGGAAUUUUCCAAGUUGUCUGAAGCUGAGAAAGUUCAGUUCAGAGCCUCACGCAAGAAAGAGCUGGACAGUUUGGUCGCCACAGGUGCAGUGGAAAUCCUAUCUGUGGAAGACAGCCUGAAAUUUGCCAACGAAACCCCAGAGCAGAUCAUCGAUUCCAAGUAUGUCGAUCGCUACAAGCCGAUCGCAGUUUCCAAGCAGAAGUUAGAGGAGUACAAAACCAAGGCGCUGACACAAGGGCAUCUGCAAGCCAUUGAACUUGAAGCUGAUGCCACAAACCCAAAAUCCAGACUUUGUGCAGUUGGAUGGCAAGAUCCUCAGAUACUUGAAGUGGAAAGGUCAUCGCCGACACCGCUUUCCACAUCACUGUAUGCUUGUCUUCAACUAGCUGCAAGCAGACGCUGGAAAACAAGGGUGAAGGAUGUGAAGACUGCAUUCUUGCAGUCACUGCCAACAACGAGGACAAGACCUCUUGCGUGCAGACUCCCAAGGGAUGAAACUCCAGAAGGUUUAGAUGACCGUCAGUUGCUGCUUUUGAAAACUGAAAUAUAUGGACUGGUUUCCGGACCAAGCUGGUGGAGACGGACGCUGUUGAAAGUAGCGACAGAGCAGCUGGGCUAUGUGGUAAACUGCUACGACCGUUGCGUGUUGACGCUGCCGUCCAAAGACCCUCAACCGGGUGCCCCAUCAGAAGGUUUUAUCGUCAUUGAAGUUGACGACAUAGCGGAAGCUGGAGGCGCAGAACAUGUCAAAUGCAUGCAAAAGUUGGAAGCUAUGUUGAAGUUUGGAAAAAUUGAAGACCUCCAAUCAAAGGAGGGAACCAACUAUGCUGGACGAUUUCUGCGACAGCUGCCAGAUUUUUCAUUCGAAAGCAACAUGGAUGAGUUCAUUUAUACCAGACUGGAACCCAUAGUGCCUCAACGAAAAGUACUGAAAAAGAACGCUGCCGAUGUCAAACUGUCAGAAGGUGAAAAGACGCAACUCCGAGGUUUGAUUGCUUCACUGAAUUGGGUAUCGAGAGAAGGUCGACCCGAUGCUUCAUCCGCUGCUUCGAUCUUGGCUUCAGCAUUUCCGAGUCCAAGCAUGGAGCACAUCUUUGCGGCGAAUGACGUAGUGAGACAUUUGAAAACCUUUCCGGUAGUUCUCAGAAUUCAUGCCAUUCCGGAGAAAGAUUUGCGUUUACUUUUGAUAGGAGACUCUGCAUUUGAUACCAGUGGCAAAGAAAAAUCUCAACAUGGUUGGUUGUUGGGUUUCACUACCCCUGCUUUAAACCGUGGUGAAAGUGCCCCAGUAUCAUUGAUGCAGUGGCGAUCAAAGCGUUUGCGUCGCAAAGCAGCAUCUUCAUUGCUUUGCGAGGCGAUUUCAAUGUCAGCUGCUACAGGCUCACUGGAGCACCUGGAUGCUUUCUUUCAGAGCAUCGCCAUGUCCCAUUUUAGCCCACGUAGGAAACAGCUGACAGAAGAUCAGUACCUUGAAGCCUCAGGAAAGGCAACAGUCAUUGCCUCUGACUCAAAGAAUUUUGUGGAUCCCCAUAGCGUUUGUGUGAUGGAUGCCAAAAGCUUGUAUGAUUCGCUGAACUCAGAGCAGAGUCAGGGUGAUGACGACCGUAGCGCACUUGAAACCGCGAUAAUUCACGAAAGCCUUUCAGUUUGCCGCGGCCGACCUCGAUGGGUUCCUCACAAUCACAACCCGGCUGACAGCAUGACGAAGUUUGCUGGAGGCCACCAUGAACCACUUCUGAAACUCCUCCAAAGCGGUUGUUUCAUGAUAGAAGAUGAGGAACAGGUCUUAAGCCGUGAGAAACAGGUUGACACUUGUACAGGUUGUGCGAUUCCCGCAGACGUCUUGGGCGCAGGUCAAAACCAGAGGGUUGUUUCAGACCGUGCUUUGCACGGAGUUGAAGUGUCCAUCUCCCUAUCGCCCUUCGUGUUGGUUCGGAAUUGUAAGUUCCAAAGCGGCUACAAUGCGACACUGACCGAUGUAAAGAUCUUCAAGAUUUCCCUCUUUGCGCAUAGCGCCUGCUACUACUUCGGGGUCCGCUCGGAGGAUGAGAGAUGGGCUGAGGAGGAACGGUCUCGAUGGGUACUGGAUGUCUCUCGAGCCAUUCGACUUGUGACACAGAGUCUGUUUCCACCCUUCCGCAUCACCUGUGAACCCUUGCAGGGAGCACCUCAAACCCGGCGACGACUCAUGGCCGGCUAUGUGGUGUAUCACGAGGAUGUCUCCACCGCCUCGGUGGUGUACUUCGAGUUGCAGGCUCAUGAGAAGGGCAUGGCCAAGAUGCUUCUCUAUGAGAACAGCAAGUGCCAGGUGGUGGUGGGUGAGAUUCCGCUCCACGAGAGCGCCAUGUGCUCCGAGAAGAUCGGAAUCAACUGCAGCUGCUUCAGCGUGGAGGGCCCCAGAGGGCCCAGGUCGUUCCUUCUGGUGCCUCUGCUCGUGGCCAGUGCCUUCAAGUCUGGCUGCAGCGGUGAUGGAUGCCCUGCAGUGCCACACCUGGUGCUGUUGCAACGCCAGGUGGAUGGAAAGGUUCUAAAGGAGGGAUCCGCCGAAGUCGAGGCCACGUCCAAGGUCCUCAAUUUCACCGCAGUUCAGGAGAAGAAUGACUCGGAAACGUAUGGUGGAGAUACUGGUGGCGACGGCAAUGUGGUGGAUCACGAGUCCAGCGACGAUGAGGCCCAGGGCCGCGUGGAAAGUCUGUUGGACCAUGGAAUCUUUGAGCGUCGCCGUCGCAGCCGCCGGCGUCGACAGAUCAACACCUUGAAUAAGAAGUGCUGGUACCAAAUGUGGGAGAAUUCAAACUAUGGGGGUGGCUGGUUGAACUAUGAGAUCGGCAACAAUGGUUGCGACGACCUCACGACCUACAACUCGGGGUCUUGGAAUAAGAAACUGAGUUCAGGUCUGGCUGGUGCGUCUCCGGGUUGCAAGAUCUCCGCCUACCAGUCCGGUGGUUGCAGUGGCACGGCCUAUGUCCUGGCGGAUGCCACGUCCUCCAGUAGCAAUGCCUAUACCAAGAACUGGAACUACCUCAGUGAUAUCGACAUGGGUGACAAGAUCAGCAGCUUUCGUUGCACCUGUACCUGA